AUGGCAGAGGCCCACGAAUGCAUACGGGCAGCGCAACUUACCAUUGAAAUAGUUCAUUCCAUUGUCAGUGCGGAUGCAACAAGUAGGAAUAAUCUUGGGGUGUGGUUUUACACGCUAUACUACGUCUUCACUGCCUCACUGGUGAUCAGUGGCCGCUUAUUGUGGGCACAGCAUAGAGAGAAUGUGGUUGACGAAGAAGGCGUCAAGGAGUCGAAAAUGUUACUUAGUAAGGCAGAAACUGUUUUCCAAGAGAUAGACUGUGACAACAGUCUGGUCUUGAGCUGCCUUGAAUACAUUCGCCGACUUGCCCGAAUGUGUAGUAUGAAAGGAGAAGUCGCACUAAACACCUCCGACGGCAGCUCGGAUGCUGCCUCGACCUUAGAUCCGUCAGUAUUGAACAACGAAUCCACUUUGGAUCCUGCUACUGGCUCGACGGAACCAGCGUUUCACAAUGUAGAGGACAUGGAGACAUUCCAGCUUUUCUCAUCCGAAAUGUUCGACCCAUCUAUCUUCGAGGGCUUUGAUCAAUCGCCUGUCGAGGGGAUUGCCACGGGAAACGCUAGGAGCUUCAUUGAAGUAUAUAGUUCUCGACAGGAUAAUGACAUCAUCCGCGGGUGGCCGGGCUUAUCUCCCCGACCCCCACAUUUCCCCGCAUGUUUAUCUCCCAAAUCUCCGGUCCGGCCAUGGGACUACCUUAAAUACCGCUUCCCAGCAAGCACCUCCUGCAGCAUCAUGCGCUACAGGCCUGAUCAUUCCAUCAUGUCGUCCAACCCCGCGCCCACCGCCCUUACCCAGAUUCCGUUGGCCGAGGACGCCCGUCCACGCUAUAGCGAUGUCGAGUUGCGCGACUACUUCCAGUGUAUCAAGCUCCCACGAAAGUACCUGGACUCGAUUGUACUAAAAGACGCUGCCCAGGCCCGAACGAAAGAGGAUGGGCUGCCCCUGCUGCAGGCCCUGACACGGCACCACGUCUGUAACGUCACUUUCGACAAUCUUGUUCUUCACUACUCCGCACACAAAACCGUCAAACUUGACCCGGCGGAGCUCUACGCCAAGAUAGUUCGCCGGCGCCUAGGCGGACGAUGUAUGGAAAACAAUGGCCUUUUCGGGACCGUCCUUCGCUCGCUCGGCUAUCAAGUGCGCAACUGCGGAGGCCGCGUGUCGCGGGCCAUGAGUCCCUACCCAGAGGUCCGGCGCAAUCAGAACACGACUUACGACGGCUGGAACCACAUGCUCAAUCUUGUGCGACUGGACGACGAAUGGUACCUCGUGGACGUCGGAAUGGGGUCCAUGGGUCCCAAUCUCCCCAUUCCGUUGCGCGACGGAUUCGAGACCAUCAGCAUCCGCCCACGUUUGAUUCGCUUGCAGUUACGCUCUCUACCCGAGUCAUACGCGACUACGUCCACCGACAGCGCACAACCGCCAAAGAUGUGGUGCUUCGAUGUCUGCAACAACCCAGCCGAGGCAAAAAACGAGUGGGUGCCGGUCUAUUGCUUCGCCUUGACAGAGUUCUUGCCCCAAGACUACGAAGUCAUGUCCUGGUUCACGUCGACAAACCCGAGAUCCUUCUUUACCAGGUACGUCACCUGCACGAAAAUGCUCAUGGACGAGGACCAGGAGGUGAUCGUGGGCAAUGUCACUCUGUUCAAGGAGACAGUGAGAGAAGCCAUUGGCGCCAAUCGUAAGGUAAUCAAGGAGUGUAGGACGGAAGAGGAGCGUUUGCAGGCGCUGGCUGAAUUCUUUGACGUGCAUCUCACGAAUGAGGAAAAGAAGGGUAUUCCAGACGAUAGGAAGUUAGCAUAG